CUGCUAAGUGCCAAGUGCCAACGCCCUCUUUCGCACCGUUCCACGGAAUCAUCCACCACCGGGCACCGGCAGUCACAGCGCACCUCACUGAAAUUGGAACAGAGAACAUGGCGGCCGCCGCGCCCGCGUGCCACGUCCAUAUCGAGGCCCUGCAGACGGCGCUGCCGACGCGCGCGGUGGAGCCCGGGCGGGCGCGCCCCGUGGCCGUGGCCGCGCCCGCGCUCGUCGCUGGCGCUGCCCUGCAGCGCCGAGCCCGCGUUGUGCUCUACUACCGCGCAGCCGCCGACGCGUCGGCGCCGUGGAGCCCGGAGGAGGCUCUCCUGGCGAAGGAGUCGCUGAGCGAGGCCGUGGCCGACCACCCGGAGAUGGCAGGCCGCCUCCGGCGCCGCGCGGACGGGUUGUGGGAGGUGAAGCUCAACGACACGGGCGUCAGGCUCGUCCUGGCCACCGUGGAGGCCGCGGUCGACGACUUCGUCGGCGCCGGCGUCAGCGAGCAGGACCGCAAGCGCAGGGAAGCCGCUCUCGCGCCGUGGACCGACGUGGACGCCGACGAUCCCGAUAUGUGCGCCCUCUGCUUCGUUCAGCUGACACGGUUCCAGGGCGACGGGGGAUACGCCGUCGGCGUGAGCUGCAGCCUGAUGCUGUGCGACCCGCUGUCGCUGGCGCGGUUCCUGUUGUCGUGGGCGCGCACGCACGCGGCGAUCAAGGCCCGGAACAAGGCCGCCACCAUCCCGAUGAUGCGGUACGCGGGCUACUUCCAGCGCCCCAACACCAUGACCCGCCGCAUCAAGUCCGUCCCGCUCGACGCCUUCGCCGCCGACGGCGUCGGCACCGACACCGACACCGUGCUCUUCAGAGCCUCCGGGGCGCCCGACCACCGCGCGCUCGCCGGGGCCUGCGUUGGCGAGGCCAGAGACAGGCUCGGCGCGGCCGAGGUGCCGCGGUUCACGCUCCUCGUCGUCGCUAGAGACGGUGUCGGGGACAACCCGAGAGCGAUGACUGUUGAGACGUACGCCGCGGAUAGCCUGUUGGUCCCCGGCGGCUCCACUGGCGACAAGCCUGAGGUUGCGCAAUGGCAGGACCUCGGGCUGGAGGAGUUUGCGCUCAGGGAGAGCAAGCCCGUGCACGUGUCCUGCAGCAUCGUGACUUCCGGGGAUGAAGGGCUCGUCAUCGUGAUGCCCGAUGGCAAAGGAUUUCUGGUCACGGUGACUGUCCGCCUGUCCGAAUUUGUUAAGAUUUAGUUUUUAUUGAGAAGUAUUUAUAUUGAGAGCUUUGUGUAUUUUAAUUUAAUUUUCAAGACCAUAAGUUCGAAGCCCUGACUUACGGCGUCGAGGUAAUACGUCUGAGCGCCGUGCUCAGCGAUGUCAAGUGUAGCACCAUGAUGGAUAAACCGAUGAUACGGUAGGCA